CACAAUGUUUGAUGACCAAAAACCAUCUGAAUGGGAUUCUCGCUGUUAAAGAGAGUUCAUUGUUUGAUUUGAAACUCUAUAGAGGAUAUGCAUCGUCAAUAUCGCCUUCUCAAACGGACCACAAGAGUGCUUUUUCUUUUAAAUCAUUGAACUCAAGAAGAAAAAUGCUAUCAACGGUUAAGCUGUCUGAUUCCAUUGCGAGAAAUAUCCAGUGCGUGCAGCAUCCUCUAAAGAUUGUAUCUCGUCAAUUUUGCCAGGGCGCACGUAAUGAUCCCGAUUUGAGCAGAGAUUUUUUUGUACAGUUAUGGGUUGCAGACAGAAAGAUGCAGAAGGCUGGCAUAAAACAUAGAACAAAAACUCGUGGUGCCCUGAGCCAUGAUGAUUCUGGGUCUUGUAGUUUCUCAGGUGGUUCUGAUGAACUGAAACCCAAGCUCAGACAACCGCCUGUUAGUGAAACUGUGACAGGCUUUCUGCAACCUUCAUCACCUGAAGAGGCUAUGGUUGCUUGUCUUCUUGCUAGAUCCAACUUGCUGAUUACUAGAGACAUAGAAUGGGCAAAUCUUGUUUUAGGCUUUGAGCAAGAAAACAGAUAUGCCAUCGUAGAUGUAUACUACCCACAGUCGCCUGCAGGUUAUAUCCGUGAAAAAAGUAGUAUACUUGCUAGACAGGUGGAUGUUGGAAAUUUCCUUCGUUUCAAAUCAUGUGUUUUGUACACAGAACUGGAGAACCCAUGUCAGCCUUUAAUUAAUGUUGAAGUUGUAGCUCAUGUUACAAGACCUGAACUGCGGUCCAGUGAGGUCUCAAACAAGUUCUACUUCACAUUCUCUGUCUGCUCAGAUGCAUUGAAGAACGGGUUGAGGAUCCGCAAUGUUGUUCCUGCUACAGAAGCGGAGGCACGUCGAGUAAUCGAACGCAUGGAUGCAGAGAGUUAAAUCUUCAUAGUACUCCCCGCCGUGCCCAAAUAAGGUUCCACUAUUUUACCCGAGACAUUUAUUAAGAAAGGUAAAAAAAAAUG